CUGCAUGCGCGGCCCCAAAAGAAUGGAUUCGUGAUUCCCGCCCGUAGAUAAGGGAUCCGAUCCGGCAUCGUUCCCGUUUCGUUUUCCGACUCAACGAAGCUUCCCGCUGCCCCUCGACAACCUCUAUCUUUCCUCUCCCCCCUACCUUACUGUGCCUCCUUCUUACGAUUCCGAUUCCUCUAGUCUUCAGACAACGCCCGAGUCUUCAUGUCGCAUGCUACUGGCUUCGUCGAUAUCGAUAUGAACACUGCUCCUCCGAUAGUACACUAAAACACCAAAACACCUACCAUAACCCCAACCGUCGCAAAAGACCCUCCCCUCUCCCCGACUCUUCGCCGUCAUCGGUGCCGAUUAUCGCUGCCGUCUCUCGCCGACGAACAAUCUUCCUUCCGCCACCAGGCGGCCGAAGCAUGAUAUCUUGAGAACAUCAUUCCAUCGUCGCCUAGUCUGCAGAAGCAAUGUCAGGUCCACGGGAGAAAGAGCUGCACCGCGCUCGGCUGGUUGCCAGCGUUGCAGCCACGGUCAUUUCUCUAGCAUGCGGUACCAACUACGUUUACUCGGCGUGGUCCCCUCAAUUUGCCGAGCGAUUGAAGCUCUCCUCGACCGAAACGAAUCUCAUUGGCCUUUCCGCCAAUCUGGGAAUGUACUCUUUGGGCGUUCCUGUCGGCAUGCUCGUUGAUCACAAAGGACCUCGCUCCGCUGUCAUUAUUGGCUCCGUCCUGCUCGCCCUCGGAUACUUCCCGUUCCACAUCGCCUACGAUCGCGCGGCUGGCCCCGUGCCGCUUCUCUGCUUCUUUUCAUACCUGUCUGGCCUCGGCGGAUGUCUGGCUUUCGCCGCCUCUGUCAAGACAUCCGCUCUCAAUUGGCCUCAUCAUCGGGGGACUGCCACCGCUUUCCCCCUGGCUGCUUUUGGUCUGAGUGCCUUCUUCUUUUCGACGUUUGGGAGUCUAUUCUUCCCCGGGAACACCAGCGCUUUCCUGGCCUUACUGUCCAUCGGGACCUGCGGUUUAACCUUCUUCGGUUUCUUCUUCCUGCGCGUCUAUCCUCAUGCCACCUAUCACAGCCUGCCAGCAAGCGAUGGUCUUUCCGGCUCGCAACAGCUUCGACGCACUUCUUCGGAAGAGGCUAAGCCCAACCGACCCGGCUAUGGGCACCGCGGCGCUCCGGUUGAACCUGGUACGUCGCCCAAACUUAACAAUACCACUACCACAAUCAACUCCACCGCCGACCACGAGCCGGUUCAUCCCGAGUACGAAUCGUCCGCGCCGUCUCGCGAGGCUGAUGAGGCGCAAAUCGAAGCCGUCGAAGCCGAUGAUUAUGAGCCCGACGAGACGUCCUCGCUGGUGUCGAGCUCCUCUUCUAUGCCCGGUGAUGUCUUUGUGCAGAGCAGUGUUGAUCUGGAUCGUUCUCAUCGAGUAGAUAUUCGUGGCUGGGCUCUUUUGCGUGAAAUCGAUUUUUGGCAAUUUUUCCUCAUCAUGGGCAUUCUUACUGGUAUCGGUUUGAUGACAAUCAACAACAUUGGAAACGACGUAAAGGCCCUCUGGCGUCAUUAUGACGAGUCGGUGGAUGAGGCCUACCUCAUCACGAAGCAGCAGAUGCACGUGUCCAUUCUAUCGAUUGGAAGCUUCGCAGGCAGACUUCUCAGCGGUGUCGGCUCCGACUUUAUCGUAAAAGUCCUUCACGGCAGUCGAGUGUGGUGCCUUGUGGCAUCCAGUGCCGUGUUCUUCGUGGCACAGCUCAUGGCCCUCCACGUCACUAACCCUCAUCUGCUUGGACUGGUCUCAGGCCUGUCUGGUAUCGCGUACGGUUUCCUCUUCGGGGUCUUCCCUUCCAUCGUGGCCGAGACCUUUGGUAUUCACGGCCUGAGCCAGAACUGGGGGCUUAUGACGCUCUCGCCCGUGGUGUCUGGUAACGUAUUCAACAUCUUCUACGGCAGAAUCUACGACAGGCACAGCGUCGUGGGCCCGGAUGGCGAGCGCGUCUGCCACGACGGGCUGGACUGCUAUCGUGCGGCUUAUUUGAUGACACUUGGCGCAUGCUCAAUCGGGCUGGUGCUCACCCUGUGGGUCAUCCGUCACCAGCGAGUGAAGUGGGCAAAAGAGGAGAAGAUGAAGGCGGAGCAGGAUGACUGAGAUACAUUGCUCAGGGUGAAUCCAAAAGUGUAGGAGGGCGAUGAGGGAGGUCCAAAACUGUCCCUUACAACUCUUGACACGAAGUCGUCUCUGCGAACACGGCCGGCUGUCAAGUCCUCAACAUAGAUUUAACGUCAACGGCCAUAGAUAACUCAUAGAGGGAAGGCGUUCGGGGCAGCUGUUGAUUAGUUUUUCGGUUCAUGAGUAUCGACACUCGCUACCACAGCGGAC